UUUGAGUUAACGUCAACUAGCGCAUUUUGCCUCAACGUAAGCCAGAUCCACCCGUCGCCCCGGUUCGCCGCCUCCCAACAAGAAGACGACGAGCAUCCGCCCGUGGACCAUGACAUCUUCAUCCAAACCACAAUCACGACGUCGACAGUAGCUGAAGAAGCCUCUUCUUCUUUUCUUUCGGAAGGGGAUUCCCCUACACGAACUUUGUUCCCCCCCCUUCUCCCGCAAUCUAAUACAUACAGCACCAGCCAACGGUCGAAGAAGAAGCGUCCACUCUAACGACACGCGCCCCUCGUCCGGCCACCCCAAAGGCAACAUGGCCUUACGCCCGGCAGCGCUGGCGCUGAGCGCGACCAGCCCACUCCUCCGGCGGGCGGUAAUGCAGCCCGCGACGAUGCAAUCCGUCUUCCGGCUUGCCUCUGCAUCCGCCUUGUCUGCUCGCCCCGUAGCCGUCCCCUUCGCGAGAGCUCCCGGUCUGGGACUUGCGCUCCUCCAGCAACGCCAACAACGCCUCUUCGGAACGAACCACCCCAUCUCGCGCAACCUCCUCGCCAGCCGUGAAGCAGCCGCGAACAGGAAUCCCGGCAGCGCCACCGCCCAGAACGCCUUUUACCAGCUUCUCCUCAAGGCCAACAUGCCUGCCAUCGUCAUCGAGCGCUACAACUCUGGUCGGUUCGCGAGGAACGAGGCUGUGGAUCAGGCAUACGCCCAGGCACUCGGCAUGCAGAGGACCGCCGCUGUCGGAGGUCUCGGGGGGCACGACCAUCUGCCCUCCGCCUUUGGCAAUGUCGGCGCUGUUCCCGGUCAGGAACCAAGCCAGCAGGCUCCCGGCAACCUGUCCCAGGCGCAGCUACAGGCUGUCGGCCAGGCGCUCGCCGCGAGAUCGCGCGACUCCAACAUGGCCACCGCCAAGGUGCAGGGCAGCGGUCAGACCGGUCCGCUCCAUGUUAUUGUCGAUGAGUCGUUCGGUGGCAUCGUCUUCCGCUGGGUCAAGUUUCUCCUCUGGUUCUGCCUCUUCACCUAUUUUAGCUUGGUUGCCGUCACGAUGCUGGUCGAGGGUCUCAACCUCUUCAAGCGACCCGGCGGCAAGGUCGACAGCGAGGCCAAGGCCGAGAACCAGACCACCCGCUUUGCCGACGUUCACGGCGCCGACGAGGCCAAAGACGAACUCCAGGAGCUGGUCGAUUUCCUGCGCAACCCCGAAAAGUUCUCCACGCUCGGCGGAAAGCUCCCCAAGGGUAUUCUCAUGGUCGGACCCCCCGGUACCGGUAAAACUCUGUUGGCCCGCGCCGUCGCAGGCGAGGCCGGCGUCCCGUUCUUCUACAUGUCCGGCAGCGAGUUCGACGAGGUCUACGUCGGUGUCGGUGCCAAGCGUGUCCGCGAUCUCUUUGCGUCGGCCAAGUCCAAGUCUCCCGCCAUCAUCUUCAUUGACGAGCUUGACGCCAUUGGCGGACGUCGCAAUACCAGGGAUGCCGCUUACCACAAGCAGACGCUGAACCAGCUGCUGACGGAACUCGACGGUUUCGAGCAGAACAGUGGCGUUGUCAUCAUCGCUGCGACCAACUUUCCCGAACUUCUCGACAAGGCCUUGACCCGACCCGGACGUUUCGACCGCCACGUCACGGUCCCUCUGCCCGACGUCCGCGGCCGCAUCGCAAUCCUCAAGUACCACGCCAAGAAGAUCAAGGCUGCCCCCGGAAUCAACUUCGAGGCCAUCGCCUCCAGCACCGGCGGCCUUUCCGGUGCCGAGCUCGAGAACAUUGUCAACCAGGCUGCCGUCCGAGCCAGUAGGCUCAAGGCCGCCGCCGUCAGCAUGACGGAUUUCGAGUGGGCCAAGGACAAGGUCAUCAUGGGAGCCGAGCGCAAGAGCAUGGUCAUUGGCGAGAAGGAGAAGGAGAUGACGGCCUACCACGAGGCCGGCCACGCCCUUGUGUCAUUCUACCACGAGAGCGGCCCUAACAAGCUCUACAAGGUCACCAUUCUACCUCGUGGCCAGAGUCUGGGACACACGGCCCAUCUCCCCGAGAUGGAUAAGUAUUCUUACACGACCAGGGAUAUGAAGAGUCUCAUUGAGACUUCGCUUGGUGGAAAGCUUGCUGAGGAGCUGGUCUACGGCACCGACAAAGUGACAACGGGUGUCUCGAGUGACCUCAAAAACGCUACCAACCUGGCCUACCAGAUGGUUGCUCUUUACGGCAUGUCGGCCAGACUUGGCCCCGUGGAGUAUGGCGAGCGUUACGACCAGCUCAGCGGAGAGACCAAGGCCAUCAUCGAGUCGGAGGUGCAGCGUACUCUGACCGAGUCUUAUGAGAAGGUGCGCGUGCUGCUCACGGAGAAGCGCAAGGAGCUUGACCUCCUGGCCAAGGCUCUUGUCGAGUACGAGACCCUAGACAAGAACGAGGUGGAGAAGGUCAUCCGCGGCGAGAAGCUCGUCGGUCGUACGCCCAUGCCCAAGGGCCCGAUGAAGGUACCUGCCAGUGCGGCCGCCAAUAUCGGCCAGACGAUACCGCCUCCGUUCCCUUCGCCUCCCGGACCCAACGGAGGCUCUGCGGCGCCGCCGCCUCCUUCGCCGCCACCGCCUGCCUCGACGGAAGGCAUAGUUCCUGGACCAAACCAGAAGUCAUGAUCUGGAGCCGCCCUGGGUGACAUGGACAAGAAACCACCUCAUACACAUAUUCCCUUUAUCAGCAGCAUGCAGGAGUGCGAGAGCCGAGUCGCGGCCCGGGUAGAGAUUCACUCUCAUACGUCUUGUAUCAUUUCAUCGGUACAGCAUGGCAGGCGUUUUCAGCGGUUCGAGGAAGGUGCAAAUUUUCAUCUGCUUUGGACAAAAGUAGGGCAGGCUUAGGCGGAGCAGGUUCAGUCAGGUUCAGGUGCGAGUUCUGGGCGACACUCCUUGGGCCAAUCCAACAAAUCAAGUAGAAGGGUUCAACAGACGACUACCCGCACACAACACUCUCCCCUCACCUAAUUCAGGGGCUUUGAGACGCCCUGCGAAUAGGGCGUUGACACUUGGCAUAUAUUGGCUGGCUGUUGAGUAUCUCGGUAUGGAGGGUUUUUGGAUACCUACGAAAGGCGAGAACCCGGACACAGCGGGCGAUAGCGCUCGGUUCCCUCAGCGAGUUGACAGCGCCUGGACUCGACGACGAGUCGAAGUUAAACUCGAAUGAGUGUAUUAUUUCGUUUGUAGGAAUAAGUUACUGAUGCAUGCGCGCCCGUUUGUUAU